CUUACGGGGCAGAUUUCCACACUGCUCGGCGGCGUGUGUGGAACACUUUGCUCCCGUCGUCCCGUCCGAUUCAGCGGUUAAUUAUCGCACCAAACUCGGCUUCUUUUUUUUUUCUCUCUCCUUUUUGUUUCUUUCCUGCUCCGGGAUCCCCUCAGACGCAUCUCUGCUCCGCGAACAAAUCUCGCGUUCGUCGCUAGUUCUCAUCAGCUCCACUCUUCCCUCCCUCGCGGCGUGAGUUUCACGUGGGCACCGGGCUGCUCGUCCGCCGCCGCGGGACCGUCCACCGGUUGGUUGCUCUGUCGCCCCCGGCGCGCUAACAGUCGUUAGCAUCAUUAGCCCGUGCCUUCUCUCUCUUUCUUGCAGGGGACCGAGCGAUGGAGAAAAUGGCAACGACGGCGACGUUGAUCUUGGAGGACGGCGCGACGUUCCGAGGCCGCCUCUUCGGUGCCGAUGUGUCAGUGUCGGGAGAAGUUGUGUUUCAGACGGGGAUGGUGGGCUACCCCGAGGCCCUCACGGACCCGUCGUACCGCUGCCAGCUGCUGACCCUCACUUACCCCUUGGUCGGCAACUACGGGGUGCCAGCGGACGAGGAGGGGGAAUUUGGACUGAGCAAGUGGUUCGAGUCGUCCAAGAUCCACGCCGCGGCGCUGAUCAUCGGAGAGCUGUCGGACAGUCCCAGCCACUGGAGUUCAGUCAAGUCUCUGGACCAGUGGCUCAAAGAGCAAGGCAUUCCUGGACUACAAGGAAUCGACACUCGACGUCUGACCAAAAUGAUCCGAGAGAAGGGCACCAUAAUGGGGAAGCUGGUGGUGGACGGGACUGCCGAGGACAGCAUUCCCCUCGACAACCCCGACCACAGGAACCUGGUCCAGGAGGUCUCCAUGAAGGAGCCCAGAGUGUUCAACCCGGAGGGUCGUCUGCGAAUCACAGCGUUGGACUGCGGCAUCAAAUACAACCAGAUCCGCUGCCUGGCCGAGAGGGGAGCCCGCGUCACCGUCCUGCCCUGGGACCACCCGCUGGACAGCACGGAUUUCGACGGUUUGUUCAUCAGUAACGGCCCCGGCGACCCUCAGCUCUGUCGGGCGACCAUCGACAACUUGAGGACGGUGGUGUGCGUGGACCGGCCCAAGCCGGUGUUCGGCAUCUGCCUCGGACACCAGCUGCUCUCGCUGGUCAUCGGAGCGAAGACCUACAAGAUGAAGUACGGUAACCGUGGCCACAACCAGCCGUGCAUCCACACGGGGACCAACCGCUGCUUCAUCACGAGUCAGAACCACGGGUUCGCCGUCGACCCCGAGACUCUGCCCGGCGACUGGGACGUCCUGUUCACCAACGCCAACGAUCACACCAACGAGGGCAUCGUGCACAACACGCACCCCCUGUUCAGUGUUCAGUUCCAUCCGGAGCACAUGGCUGGGCCAACAGAUCUGGUCGGCUUGUUCGACGUCUUCCUCGACGCCGUGAGAGACCACAAGGAGGGCGGCGCCACGAAAAAGAUCAAGCAGCGGUUGAUGGAUCACCUCACCUACCCGGAUUCCCCGAAGCCUGAGGAAGUGACCCGACCCAGGAAGGUUCUGAUCCUGGGCUCUGGUGGACUGUCCAUCGGCCAGGCGGGAGAGUUCGACUACUCGGGAUCCCAGGCUAUAAAGGCUCUCAAGGAGGAGAACAUCCAGACGGUGCUGAUCAACCCCAACAUCGCCACGGUCCAGACGUCCAAGGGCCUGGCCGACAAGGUCUACUUCCUGCCCAUCACCGCAGAGUACGUCACUCAGGUGAUAAAGAACGAGCGUCCCGACGGCGUCCUGUUGACCUUCGGCGGCCAGACGGCCCUGAACUGCGGCGUGGAGCUGACCAAGCUCGGCGUGCUGGAGAAGUACAACGUGAGGGUCCUGGGAACGCCGGUGGCCUCCAUCGAGAUGACGGAGGACCGCAAGGUCUUUGUGGAGAAAAUGGAGGAGAUCAACGAGCAUGUCGCGCCCAGUGAAGCGGCGCUGUCCGUGGAGCAGGCAGUGGCAGCCGCAGAGCGUCUGGGCUACCCGGUCCUGGUGCGCUCGGCGUUCGCUCUCGGCGGCCUGGGGUCCGGCUUCGCCUACAACAAGGAGGAGCUCACCACGCUGGUGACGUCGGCCUUCGCGCACACCACCCAGGUCCUGGUGGACAAGUCCCUGAAGGGCUGGAAGGAGAUUGAGUACGAGGUCGUCCGCGACGCCUACGACAACUGCGUCACGGUGUGCAACAUGGAGAACAUCGACCCUCUGGGCAUCCACACCGGGGAGUCCAUCGUGGUGGCGCCCAGUCAGACGCUCAACGACCACGAGUACAACAUGCUGAGGAACACGGCCAUCAAGGUCAUCAGGCACCUGGGCAUCGUGGGGGAGUGCAACAUCCAGUACGCCCUCAACCCGGAGUCGGAGCAGUACUACAUCAUCGAGGUGAACGCCCGCCUGUCGCGGAGUUCGGCGCUGGCCAGCAAGGCGACGGGUUACCCUCUGGCCUACGUGGCGGCCAAGCUCGGCCUGGGGAUCCCGCUGCCGCAGCUCAAGAACUCUGUCACCAACUCCACGACGGCGAACUUUGAGCCCAGUCUGGACUACUGCGUGGUGAAGGUGCCUCGCUGGGACCUCAGCAAGUUCCUCAGGGUCUCCACCAAGAUCGGCAGCUCCAUGAAGAGCGUCGGCGAGGUGAUGGCGAUCGGCCGCAGCUUUGAGGAGGCCUUCCAGAAAGCUCUGAGGAUGGUGGACGAGAACUGCGUGGGCUUCGACCACACGAUCAAACCCGUCUCCGAAAACGAGCUGCAGACUCCCACGGACAAACGCAUCUUCGUGCUGGCGGCGGCGCUGAAGGCCGGCUACACGGUUGACCAGCUGAACGAGCUCACCAAGAUCGACCGCUGGUUCCUGCACAAGAUGAAGAACAUCGCCGACCACGAGCGGCUGCUGGAGACCUACAACCAGGAUGAGAGCACCAUGCCUCCGGAGGUGAUGCGCAAGGCCAAGCAGCUCGGCUUCUCCGACAAGCAGAUCGCACAGGCGGUGCAGAGCACCGAGCUGGUGGUGAGAAAGCUGCGCCACGAUUGGUCCAUCCUCCCUGUGGUGAAGCAGAUCGACACGGUGGCGGCCGAGUGGCCCGCCCACACAAACUACCUGUACUUGACCUACCACGGGACGGAGGACGACCUGGGCUUCGACGACCAGCACGUCAUGGUGCUCGGCUCGGGCGUGUAUCGCAUCGGCAGCAGCGUGGAGUUCGACUGGUGCGCGGUCGGCUGCAUCACGGAGCUCCGCGAGAUGGGUUACAAGACCAUCAUGGUGAACUACAACCCGGAGACGGUCAGCACCGACUACGACAUGUGCGACCGCCUCUACUUCGACGAAAUCUCCUUCGAGGUGGUGAUGGACAUCUACGAGAGGGAGAACCCCGAGGGCAUGAUCCUGUCCAUGGGCGGCCAGCUGCCCAACAACAUCGCCAUGCAGCUGCACCGCCAGCAGUGCCGCAUCCUGGGGACGUCGCCCGAGUUCAUCGACUGCGCCGAGAACCGCUUCAAGUUCUCCCGAAUGCUGGACACCAUCGGCAUCAGCCAGCCGCAGUGGAAGGAGCUCUCUGACAUGGAGUCUGCUAUGAAGUUCUGUGAGACGGUGGGUUAUCCGUGCCUCGUCCGGCCGUCCUACGUUCUCAGCGGAGCCGCCAUGAAUGUGGCCUACGGCGACACCGACCUCGAGAAAUACCUGUGCAGCGCCGUGGCCGUGUCCAAGGAGUAUCCUGUCGUCAUCUCCAAAUUCAUCCAGGAGGCCAAGGAGAUAGACGUGGACGCAGUGGCGUGUGACGGGGUCGUGAUGGCCAUCGCCGUGUCCGAGCACGUGGAGAACGCCGGCGUCCACUCGGGCGACGCCACGCUGGUGACGCCGCCGCAGGACCUCAACCAGAAGACCAUGGACAGGAUCAAGAUGAUCGUCCACGCCAUCGGCCAGGAGCUGCAGGUCACCGGACCCUUCAACCUGCAGCUGAUCGCCAAGGACGACCUACUGAAGGUGAUCGAGUGCAACGUCCGCGUGUCCCGCUCCUUCCCGUUCAUAUCCAAGACCCUGGGGGUGGACCUGGUCGCCCUGGCGACGCAGGCCAUCAUGGGGGAGGACGUGGAGCCUGUGGGCCUGAUGAGAGGAAAGGGGAUUGUGGGAGUGAAGGUUCCUCAGUUUUCCUUCUCUCGGCUGGCCGGAGCCGACGUGGUGCUCGGCGUGGAGAUGACCAGCACCGGGGAGGUCGCCUGUUUUGGGGAGAACCGGUACGAGGCCUACCUGAAGGCCAUGCUCUCCACGGGCUUCAAGAUCCCCAAGAAGAACAUCCUGCUCUCCAUCGGCAGCUUUAAGAACAAGAGCGAGCUGCUGCCGACGGUUCAGGCUCUGGAGUCUAUGGGCUACGACCUGUACGCCAGUCUGGGCACGGCCGACUUCUACACAGAACAUGGAGUCAAGGUGACAGCGGUGAACUGGCCGUUCGAGGAGGAGGAGGACAGCGAGUGUCCCACCAAGGAGAAGCAGCGCAGCAUCAUGAACUACCUGUCGGAGAACCACUUCGACCUGGUCAUCAACCUCUCCAUGAGGAACAGCGGCGGGCGCCGGCUCUCCUCUUUCGUCACCAAGGGCUACCAGACGAGGCGCAUGGCCAUCGACUACUCGGUCCCGCUCAUCAUCGACAUCAAGUGCACCAAGCUCUUCGUUCAGGCUCUUCUUCAGGUCGGCAGCAGUCCACCCGUGAAGACUCACAUCGACAGCAUGACGUCCCGGACGCUGGUCCGUCUCCCCGGCCUGAUCGACGUCCACGUUCACCUGCGGGAGCCCGGCGCCACACACAAGGAGGACUUCUCCUCCGGCACAGCGGCCGCCCUGGCCGGAGGCGUGACGAUGGUGUGCGCGAUGCCCAACACGUCCCCAUCCGUCACCGACGCUGCCACGCUGGCUCUGGUGCAGAAGCUGGCCAAAGCCGGCUGCAGGUGUGACUACGCCCUGUACCUGGGCGCCGCCUCGGACAACGCCGGCGCCCUGCCGUCCAUCGCCAGCCAGGCCGUCGCCCUGAAGAUGUACCUGAACGACACGUACUCCACCCUCAAGAUGGACAACGUCUCCUUCUGGAUGGAGCACUUUGAGAAGUGGCCCAAGCAGAUGCCCAUCGUGGCUCACGCCGAGAACCAGACGGUGGCUGCGAUCCUGAUGGUGGCUCAGCUCUACCAGCGGCCGGUCCACAUCUGCCACGUGGCCAAGAAGGAGGAGAUCCUGAUCAUUCGCGCCGCCAAGCAGAGGGGCAUCCAGGUCACGUGCGAGGUGGCGCCCCAUCACCUCUUCUUGUGCGAGGACGACGUGAGCCAGAUCGGCAGCGGGCAGGCGCAGGUGCGGCCCACGCUGGGAACCCGCGAGGACAUGGAGGCGCUCUGGGAGAACCUUGACAUCAUCGACUGCUUCGCCACGGACCACGCACCUCACUCUGUCGAAGAGAAGAGCAGCGAGCGGCCUCCUCCCGGUUUCCCCGGACUGGAGACGAUGCUGCCGCUGCUGCUGACCGCGGUCAGCGAUGGACGCCUGACCCUGGACGACAUCAUCAGACGUCUCUAUGACAACCCACGCAAGAUCUUCAACCUGCCCGUCCAGGAAAACACCUACGUCGAGGUGGACUUGGAGAAGGAGUGGGUUAUUCCUCCGGCCAUGCAGUUCACCAAGUCCAAGUGGACGCCGUUCCAAGGUCUGAAGGUGAAGGGUAAAGUCCGCUGCGUGGUCCUGCGAGGGGAGGUGGCCUACAUCGACGGGCAGGUGUUGGUGCCUCCGGGUUAUGGUGAAGAUGUGAAGACGUGGCCCGCUGCGUUCAUCCCCCCUCCCGAGCCGGUCAAAGAAAGCCCCAUGACUCCAGAGCACACUCCUCGUCCCACUCCUCCCCGCGAUGGCGCCAUACGAACCAGAGCCCCGAGCCCCCGACGCGCCGUGGGGGAGGGCCGCUACCUGCUGCCGCCCCGCACCCACCGCUCCUCCGACCCUGGACAGCCACUGGAGAUGAUGAUGAUGCUUCCAGCGGCCGGUGCCGGCGGCGACGGCUACAGCCACCCUCCCCCUCUGUCCCGGCUGCUUUCCCCCCAGUCGGGACCGGCGCUCGUCGGACAGGCGUCCCACCUCCAGACGUCCCCACUCCUGCACCCGCUGGUCGGCCAGCACAUCCUGUCCGUCAGGCAGUUCAGCAAAGACCAGAUCUCGCACCUUUUCAACGUUGCCCACAACUUCCGUCUGAUGGUUCAGAAGGAGCGAAGCCUGGAGAUCCUGAAGGGUAAAGUGAUGGCGUCCAUGUUCUACGAGGUCAGCACUCGCACCAGCAGCUCCUUCGCCGCGGCCAUGCAGCGUCUGGGCGGCUCCGUGGUCCACUUCAGCGAGUCCACCUCGUCCACGCAGAAGGGCGAGUCGCUGGCCGACUCGGUUCAGACGAUGAGCUGCUACGCCGACGUCCUGGUGCUGCGACACCCGACGCCCGGAGCCGUGGAGAGUGCGUCCCGUCACUGCCGCAAGCCGAUGAUCAACGCCGGGGACGGCGUGGGCGAGCACCCCACCCAGGCCCUGCUGGACGUCUUCACCAUCAGGGAGGAGCUGGGGACGGUCAACGGCAUGACGAUCACUAUGGUCGGGGACCUGAAACACGGCCGCACGGUUCACUCCCUCGCCAAGCUGCUGACGCAGUAUCGCAUCACCCUGCGCUACGUGGCCCCCAGGAACCUGCACAUGCCGGCGGAGAUCGUCAACUACGUCGCCUCGAAGGGAAUCAAACAGGAGGAGUUUGAGAGCAUCGAAGAAGCUCUGCCCGAGACCGACGUCCUCUACAUGACGAGGAUCCAGAAGGAGAGGUUUGCCACUGAGGAGGAGUACAAGGCCUGUUUCGGUCAGUUCGUCCUCACUCCUCACAUCAUGACCGUGGCCAAGAAGAAGAUGGUGGUGAUGCACCCGCUGCCCAGAGUCAACGAGAUCAGCGUGGAGGUGGACACGGACCCGAGAGCAGCGUAUUUCCGUCAGGCGGAGAAUGGCAUGUACAUCCGAAUGGCCCUGCUGGCCACCGUACUGGGCAGAUGAACAAAUCCACCGUGCUGCUGAGGAUCUGGAGCACAAGCGGAACAAAGUGUUGUAAACUUCCUGAAACGACACAUUCGACAGCGCUACCUUUUAUAAAAAACAAAUUCAAAUACAGGGAGUUUUCUGUCUCGUGCUGUUACAUGAUGCUGCUUACACAGACGACUUGUUGUUGUUGUUGUUUGUUAAACCCAUUUGCCUUCUGUCAACUGUAAAAUUCAAUUUUUUGUAACAGCAGCUGGAUUAUUAUUUUCUUACUGUCUUUAAAACACAUAUAGCAUUUUUUUUUUUUUUAUAGAAUUUGUUUUCUGUUUAGUUUGUUUAGCCAACGGACCGACAGCAUUUGGAAAGUGGAGCGUUGAAAUCAUAAGAUCUGUGUUACUAUGACCGAGUGAAAUUGAUGAAAUAGAUCUUUGGGUUGCUCGGUCGAAGACUCGACUGAGUGAGUAACCUUAAAGGGACCAAGUGGUUUAAAAAGGGAGGAAAGAGAAGACGACAAGCAUCAGUUUGAUUUAUGCAGGUCACUGUACUCUGAUCGGUAAUGGUGUCUGUCAUUUCUACUCCUGUCUUCUGUUCACGUGUCUUUUCUUAAAUGUGUAACUGAACGCGGAGAUGUUCCACAGGUUGUGGAAUUUUGUGACGAAUGUCAAACGUAGCAAUUCAGAAGAAAACUUUUUUCCAUUUUUCUUUUUUAAUCAAAAAGGGGAUGUCUGCAACGUGUUGGUGAAUGGCGAAUAUUAUGUGGAGAAAUAAAUAAUAAUAAUAAAAGGACAAUUUUCCCAUUUGCAGUU